AUGGCGGAGCUCAGCUCGGACUCUGACGACGACUGCAUCUGCACGGGCUCGGACCCCCCGCCGCCAGCUGCUGCUCAGCACAGGGGCCCCCGGGGGGGCCCCCGGGGGGCCCCCCAGCCAGCAAGGCCCCAGCGUGCGGUCUUCUCCGGUUUUUCGGGUGCAGCAACGACUGUGUUUUCAGCCAGAGUUGAGUUGAGCGGUGCAUGCGCUGCAGCAGAAGAGGCAGCAGGGGAUUCAGGUCUGGGGGCAUACAGCAAACAGCAGCAGCAGCAGCAGCAGCAGCAGCAGCAGCAGCAGAAAGAAGCAACCCCCUGGGGGCCCCUCCUAGGCUGCUGCGGGUCCCCUGCUGCAACAGCCAAGCGCCGCGCUCUAGAGAACCUGGAGCGGCAGCAGCGGGCUCAGCAGCAGCCGGAGACGCAGGGCCCCUUCAGCCCCCAGAAGCCGGCGGGGCCCCACCCGCGGCCAGAGCCGCGCGCGCUGCAGAAAGCUGCGGGGAUACUGCGGCCUGACGAGAGGGUGCUGGACGUGCGUCGUCUGGAUUUCAGCCAGCAGCUGGCGGGGAGGCCCCGCAGCAGACAGCAACCACCACCACCAGCAGCAGCAGCAGCAGCAGGUGUCUGGGUGUUCUUUGUUUGUUCAGCAGCAGCAGCAGCAGCAGCGGGGGGAAGAGAAACACCACGCAACCAGCUGCCACCUGUGGGAGAAGAGGCACUCUGGGGAGGAGCUUUCAGGGAGAGACCGGCUUGGCUACCCUUGCCAGACACAGCAGUGAACGCCAGGGGGGAGAAGGUGGAGUGGCUGCGCCACGCACUCUACGGCGUGGGGACUUUCCUGGAUCUUGAGCGGGAGCAGGAGUAUGUAGAGUGCGUGAAGACGCUGGGGAGAGAGAGACGGCUGAAGGCUUACGGGCGGCACGAGGACCUUAGAGAAAAGUUUCAGCGCCGGCCAGACGACUGGCGGUUCUGGUUGCGGGGUAUAGGGGGCGGGCAGUUCCUGACGAAGCGGCUGAAACCUGAAGAUAUUGUGCUGCCGCGGGACUCACUCAUCGGGGUGUUUGGGCAGGUGAAGGACCUGCGGGGGCUGCUGGCGCAGGAGGGGCUGAAGCCUACAAACCAGUGUGCGGCGAAGGUUGUUAUAUCUCUCAAGGAACAGAAUUUCAUAGCAGUGGAGAAGUGCAGCCCCAGCCACAACGUACAGCGAGCAGAGGAGGAGCACAGAGAGCGGGUGGGGCUUGAGGGUCAGGGGGCCCCCCAGCACUUUCGGGCAGUGGCGUCGCUGGGGCCCUAUGACGCGCUGCCAGCAGCCACUAUACUGGGGCCCCCAUACGGGGGGGUCAUGCGCCCUGCAGGCGAGCUGGCGCUGAUGCAGUGUAUGUACACCUCAGCCGAAAAACUUAUAACAUAA